AUGGAGCCGAGGAGGAUGGCUCCCGCGUCGCCGCCGCCGCCUCCGAACGACUUCCGGCUAGACAGCGCGGCCACCAGCCCGUACGCCACGGCGCUGUCCAGCCCGCGCGGGCGCCGUGUCCCCUCCGACGAGGGAACGGCGGGCGGUGGGCUAUUCCUGACGGCGCCGCCGUCGCCGAACCCGUUCGACCUCCUGCCGCCGGCCACCCCGCGCCUCGCCGGCGCCAACCCGUUCGACCUCUUCCAGCACUUCACCAGCGCGCCCGCCAGCCCCCGGCGCGCCGCGGCCAUUUACGCGUACUUCGCCGAGGGGGACGGCAGCGACGGUGGGCACGACGGUGACGACGGCGACGGCGACAGCGACAGCGACGAGGAGUUCCAGCCGCACCGGUCGUACGCCACGGGCGGAGGAUCGUCCGUGCCGUUCGACUGGGAGGAGAGGCCUGGGACGCCGAAGCGGGGGCUCGGCGGGGGCGUGGCCGCCAACGAGGCGGCGUGGGACACGGAAUUCGAGUUCGGCACGCAAGUCAGCAAGGCCGCACCGGUGGAGACGUUUACGACGGCCGACGAGCUCUUCGAGAAGGGCAAAAUCAGGCCUUUGAAGCCCAAGCCCAAGACGGCCGACGAGCCCAAGAUUCGUCCGUUGAAGCCGCCGCCCGGUCUGCUCGACGGUGGGAGCGUCGCGUCGUCGCCGCGGUCGCCGAUGGCCAGAGGCGCCAUGUGGUCGCCGCGGCCGAGGAGCAGGGUCGGCUCCGGCGUCGACUUCGACCCGUUCGCCGCCGCGCUGCUGGAGGCAACCAAGGCGCCAUCGCCAUCCCCGCUCGGCGGCAAAGAUGGCAAGGGCAGUGCCAUCGCUGGCUCGCCGCCAAAGAAACCGGCCUCGCGUACCGCGUCGAGGUCGAGGAGCGCCGGGUGGAGAAGGUGGCGGCUCAGCGACCUCCUCCUGUUCCGGAGCUCAUCCGACGGCGGCCGAGUCAUCAAGCAGGAGGACCCCGACAUGAAGAAGCCAGUGCGACAGUUCAACGUGCCCGUCAAGAAGGCGAGCGCGCAGCCGGCGGUGACGAUCAAAGCCAGCGCGAAAGGCGGCGACAUGGGCAACGACUGGAAGCAGCAUGGCAACAGGAACGCGGCCGCGGCGGCGGAGAGCGUCGCCGGGUGCGCUCGGCUGAGCCCGCUGCAGCGGCUGGCCAAAGGGCUCGGCGCGUACUCGUGGCACCACCACGGCAUGGCGCCGCCGGCAAACAAAGGGUGA